AUGGCUGUCGGCACGAGAAAAAAGGUCGUCGUUGUCGGCCUGGGGAUGGUCGGCAUUGCCUUCAUCGAGAAAUUGUUGAAGCUGGACGCCAGAGCCCGCGAAUAUGAUAUCGUGGUUAUUGGCGAUGAGCCCCACCUUGCAUACAACCGCGUGGGACUGACGAGCUUCUUCAACCACCGAAAAGUCGAGAACCUCUAUCUCAACCCUAAAGAAUGGUACGCAUUACAUGCUCCGGAAAGCCAACUAGGCUACCACCUCAACACCUUAGUCACAAGCAUCGACUCUGCGAACAAGACCGUUAGCUGCGGCAACGGUGAUGUUGUCUCAUACGACAUCCUCGUCCUGGCAACCGGGUCCGAUGCUGUUCUUCCACGGCAUACCCCCGGCUAUGAUGCGAAUGGGGUGUUUGUCUACCGCACAAUCGACGACUUGCAGAAGCUCAUCACCUUCGGAGAAGCCCACAAGGGCACCGUCGGCGCCGUCGUCGGCGGUGGCUUACUUGGUCUUGAAGCCGCGAAUGCGAUGAUGGACCUGGAGUGUUAUGACAAAAUCAAGUUGAUCGAAAGAAACCGAUGGGUACUGAGCCGGCAGCUCGAUGCCGAUGCUGGCGGCCUCGUCGUUGAAAAGGUCACCGACCUAGGAGUCGACAUUCUGCUCAGCAAGAGAGUUGGCAAGAUAAAAGCAGACGAGGGCAACAACGUGACAGGUGUUGUCUUCGAGGAUGGCGAGGAGAUGGAUUGUUCCACCAUCUGCUUCGCCAUUGGUGUCCGGCCACGAGAUAGCUUGGCGAGAAACGCCGGCAUCGACUGUGCGGAUCGAGGCGGCGGUAUCCUGGUGAACAACGACCUCAGCACGAACAUCCCCGAUACCUACGCCAUUGGAGAGUGUGCGAGCUGGGAAAACCAGACGUUCGGUCUUAUCGCUCCCGGCAUCGAAAUGGCCGAUGUCCUGUCCUUCAACCUCACUCAAGCCAAGCUCCAUCAGCCGAGAGCAUUCAAGCGACCGGAUCUCAGCACGAAGCUAAAGCUGUUAGGCGUCGACGUGGCCAGUUUCGGAGACUUCUUUGCCGACAGAGACGGACCCAGCUCGUUACCGGCCAAGGCGGCGCGGAAGAAGAGAGAAGAUCAGAGUGUUGUCAAAACCGUCGUUAACGGCCUUCCACCGCCUCCAGUCAAAGCGUUGACAUAUAAGGACCCCUUCGCGCAAGUGUACAAGAAAUACCUCUUCACCACCGAUGGCAAGUAUCUACUUGGCGGUAUGAUGAUUGGUGACACGAGCGAUUACAUUAAGCUGGUACCCAUGGUCAGGAAUCAGAAAGAGCUUGAUAUCCCUCCAGCACAACUCAUCCUCGGCGCAAAGAAAGACGGCGGUGACGAAGCAGAUGACCUCAACGAUGAUGUCCAGAUCUGUUCUUGCCACAACGUCAGCAAGGGCGACGUUGUCAACACGGUCAAAGAUGGCACUUGCAAGACCGUCGGCGAUGUCAAGGCGUGCACCAAGGCCGGCACUGGCUGUGGUGGCUGCAUGCCGCUCGUGACCAGCAUCUUCACCAAGACGAUGACCGAUAUGGGCGCCGAAGUCACCAACUACUUAUGCGCCCACUUCAACUACUCUCGAGCCGACCUGUACAACAUCGCCAUGGUGAAGAAUCUGAGGACCAUGACAGACCUCAUGAGAGAAGCCGGCAACGAUAAAGAGUCUGAAGGCUGUGAAGCCUGCAAGCCCAAUGUGGCCAGCAUCUUCGCGUCGUUAUGGAACAAGCACGUCAUGACCAAAUCCACCCACGGCCUCCAGGAGACCAACGAUAAGUUCUUGGGCAACAUACAACGGAAUGGCACAUUCUCCGUCAUACCCCGCGUCUCUGCUGGUGAGAUCACACCGGACAAGUUGGUCGUCAUUGGCGAAGUUGCGAAGAAGUACAAUUUAUACACGAAGAUCACAGGUGGUCAGCGCAUCGACAUGUUCGGAGCCAAGAAGCAAGACUUGCUCGAUAUCUGGAGAAGACUGGUCGAGGGCGGCAUGGAGAGUGGACAUGCAUACGCCAAGUCGUUACGUACCGUCAAGAGCUGUGUCGGGACCACGUGGUGCCGCUACGGCGUUGGGGACAGUGUCGGCAUGGCUGUGCGUAUUGAAGAGCGGUAUAAGAGCAUUCGGAGCCCGCACAAGAUCAAGGGUGGUGUCAGUGGCUGUGUGCGCGAGUGUGCUGAAGCUCAGAACAAGGACUUUGGACUUAUCGCUACAGAGAAGGGCUUCAAUGUCUUCGUCGCAGGUAACGGCGGUGCCAAGCCGAAACACUCGGAGCUCCUCGCCAAAGACGUUCCACCGUCUGAGGUCAUCCCCAUCCUCGACCGCUAUCUCAUGUUCUACAUCCGCACAGCCGACAAGCUGCAACGCACAGCACGAUGGAUCGAGAACCUACCAGGCGGACUGAAAUACCUGCAGGAAGUGAUCCUGGAGGACAAGCUGGGCAUCUGCGCCUCGCUCGAAGCCCAGAUGCAAGAGCUCGUCGACUCCUUCUUCGACGAGUGGGCCGAGGCGAUCAAGAACCCCGACAUCGCAGCCAAGUUCAAGCAGUUCGCCAACACGGCCGACACGGUGGAGACGGUGGAGCCGGAAGAAGACCGCGGGCAGACGCGGCCCGCGUUCUGGCCCAAGGAUUCCGCAGCCGAGGACUUCAAGGGCCUCAGGGACCGCUGGACCAGCACGACCUGGCAGCCCGUCAUGGAGGCCAGCUACUUCGCCGACGCCGACAGCACACCCAACGGCGUCAGCGCGAGCAUCAAGCGCGGCGACACGCAGCUCGCGCUGUGGCGCGUCCGCGGCAAGUACUACGCCACGCAGCAGAUGUGUCCGCACAAGCGCACCUUUGCGCUCUCGGACGGCUACAUCGGCACCGACGUGCCCUCCUCCGCCGAGCCCGCCACGAACCCGAAGGAACCCUGCGGCGACGCUAAGGCGCCCUGGGUCUCGUGUCCGUUCCACAAGCGCAACUUCGACCUAGCCGACGGCGCAUGCCGCAACGACGACGCCCUGUCCAUCGCCACGUUCGCGGCCGAGGAGCGCGCUGACGGGCUGGUUUAUCUCAGGCUGCCGCCCGUCGACGAGCUCGACGCCGCGCUCGGCACCGCAAGGUGGAAGGUCAAGAGCGAAGACAACACAGACAGACAGUUCGACGAGCUCGAUCGCAAGAUUGGGUUUAAGGGCCGCCGGGCGAAGAAGCCGGGUGUGAAGCCUAUGGUGGACUUGCCGAUGCGGAGGCCGGUGGAGGUUUUGGCUGGGGGCGGGUGUGGGAGUGCGCCGGAUUGGUAG